AUGGGUUUAAGCUUUUUCAUCCAGUCCGCUUGCUUAGUGUCCUUUCUUGUAUCCGUUACCCUAGUUCAUGCUCAGAAAAGGGUUUUCGAUGUGGCAAAUUAUGGUGCUCGUGGAGACGGAAGAACAGAUAGCAGCAAGGCCUUCAUUGAUGCAUGGAAUGGAGCUUGUCAAAACAUAGGAGGAGGUACGGUGCUGUUCCCAAAAGGCACCUUCAUGGUGGCUCCGGUGGUUCUUCUAGGUCCAUGUAAGGGAUCAAUGGAAUUGCGAUUUCAGGGUAACCUAUUGGCUUCUAAGAAGCCCAGUGAUUUCCUUGGUAUUGACCAUUGGAUCACCGUACAACGCGUUAACGGCUUGAUGAUUAGUGGUGGAGGAACCCUAGAUGGCCUCGGAGCCGAUGGUUGGGGUUUUAAUGAUUGUCUGAAAAAUCCAGGCCGUUGCAAGCAACUCCCUGCUACAUUGCGGUUGGAUUUUGUCACACAAGGACACAUAGAUACCAUUACAUCGCUCAACAGCAAAAACACCCACAUCAAUCUUUUUGCAUGCAAGGACGUGCUUAUUAGCAACGUCAAGAUUAUAGCUCCGGGAGACAGUCCCAACACCGAUGGAAUCCACAUUGGCAACUCACAGAACAUCUAUAUCGUGGAUACACACAUAUCCACCGGAGACGAUUGUGUCUCCGUCCUCCCCGGAUCACAAUACAUUAACGUCACCGGCGUCUAUUGCGGUCCAGGCCAUGGAAUAAGCAUCGGCAGCCUCGGCAGAACUGCUGGUGAAUCUGUUAGUGACUUGUAUGUAAAAAACUGCAGAUUCGUGGAUACUCAGAAUGGUGUGAGAAUCAAAACAUGGGCUGUGGAUGCUAAACCGGGAACUGUUUCACGUGUUGGCUUUGAGCACAUCGAAAUGGAUAAUGUGGACAAUCCCAUCGUUAUUGAUCAAGAAUAUUGCCCUGGUGGUGGUUGUAGUAAACAGGAAUCCUCGAAAGUCCAGAUUAGGGAUGUUAAGUUCAAUGACAUUAGAGGCAGUUCUGCCACAAAGGAGGCAGUUACUCUCAAAUGCAGCCAAAGUGUGCCUUGUCAAGAUAUCGAGCUGAAGGACAUCGACCUAAAGAACGGAGGACCUGGAGGUCCGGCGGUUUCAUUGUCCUAUAAUGUAAGAGGCAGAACUUACGGCAUACAAAAUCCUCCAUCCAGUGUAAAACCACCGGUAGCUUCUUCCACUGAAUUAGAGGACUAUUCUUCCACUGAAUUAGAGGACUAUAACUGGUACUGA